AUGGGGGAGAACAGUCCUGAAGGUAACGUUAUCUACUAUGAAGUGGAGGAAGACGAUUUAACCCAAGAUGACAAUAUGAUGAGGUUUGCUGAUAAAAACGGGCUGGUUUCUUCAUCAUCUGGGACGGUCUAUGACAGGACAACUGUUCUAAUAGAGCAGGACCACAGUGUAUUGGAAGAUGAUGAGGAUGAAGGACAGUGUGGUGAUCACUUGCCUUUUUUACCGGAGGGUCAUGAAGAAGGAUUUCAUUUAAUAGCAGAUCAUGAAGGAAUGUCCCAGGGUUACGUGCAACAUAUUAUUUCUCCAGAUCAGAUUCACCUAACAAUAAAUCCUGGUUCAACUCCUAUGCCAAGAAAUAUCGAAGGAGCAACACUCACUUUGCAGUCUGAAUGCCCAGAAACCAAGCUUAAAGAAGUUAAGAGAUACCAGUGCACCUUUGAGGGCUGUCCGCGCACUUAUAGCACUGCCGGAAAUCUGCGCACUCACCAGAAGACACACCGUGGGGAAUACACUUUUGUCUGCAAUCAAGAAGGCUGUGGCAAGGCCUUUCUUACCUCCUACAGCCUCAAAAUCCAUGUUCGAGUGCACACUAAGGAAAAGCCGUUUGAAUGUGAUGUACAGGGCUGUGAGAAGGCGUUCAAUACACUGUACAGGUUGAAAGCACAUCAGAGGCUUCACACAGGGAAAACAUUUAACUGUGAAUCAGAAGGCUGCAGUAAAUACUUCACAACGCACAGUGACCUGAGGAAGCAUAUUCGAACACACACGGGAGAAAAGCCAUUUCGGUGUGAGCAUGAUGGCUGUGGAAAGGCUUUUGCUGCAAGCCACCACCUUAAAACACAUGUUAGGACACACACUGGGGAGAAACCCUUCUUCUGUCCCAGUAAUGGCUGUGAGAAGACUUUUAGUACACAGUAUAGUCUCAAGAGUCACAUGAAAGGUCAUGAGAAAGGACAUUCCUAUCAUGUACUUCCCAAUAACAAUGUAUCUGAGGAUACAAGCCACUCACUUUGCCUGAGUGACUUAAGCCUCAUAUCAACAGAUUCAGAAUUGCGCGAGAACUCUAAUCCGACACAUGGACAAGACCUUAGCACAAUCUCACCAGCAAGCAUCUUUGAGUCUAUGUUUCAGAGCCCAGAUCAUACUGCAAAUCAGGACGACUCUCAGCAGACAGCUGCCUUGAUUGAAGGUUUUAACGGCGAUGCAGACUCAGUUACUGCUGUUCCGCCUUCUGCAGGAGACUCAGCAUCGUUGUCUCUUCCACUUGUACUGCAGCUUGGCAUCUCUGAGCCUUCGCAUUCAGCACUACAAGCCUCAGCAGCACCUGCUGCUCCCGCCUCCGUAGGAGCCAGCUCACAGCAAGCUGCAUUUGGAAAUCCUGCAACUGUUUUACAAUCCCCAGAAGUGCCUGUUCCUCACAGCACACAGUUUGCAGCCAGUCACCAAGACUUCCUGCAGCACACUCAGACACCACCACAGCCCAUUGUACAAGGACUUUCAGUGGUUGCUGGGGCAUCUGCCCCAACAGCAUCAAGUGCCACUGAGCCCCUGCCAGCUGUAGUUCAGACUGUGCCUGUUGGUGCGAACUCUGUUCUGACUAGUAAUCCAACUAUAACAAUUACUCCUUCUCAGAGCACCGCUAUUCUGCAGUCCAGCAUUGUCAUGGGAGAGCAAAACUUGCAAUGGAUCUUAAAUGGUGCCACUGGUUCUCCGCAAAGCCAAGAACAAAUGCCACAAGUUCCAAAAGUAGUAGAAAAGGUUUUUUUUACCACUGCGUUACCAGUAGCUGGCAACACAGGAAACCCUGUUCAGCAGAUUGGUCUCAGUGUUCCUGUCAUUAUUAUAAAGCAGGAGGAGGCCUGCCAGUGUCAGUGUGCCUGCCGAGACUCUGCCAAGGACAAAGCCACCAUUAAGAAGGAAUGUUCCUCGUCUGAUUCAAAAGCUUUGGAGCAGCCAGCUCCCCAGCUGCAGCCCCAGACCUUUCCUUCUUCUUCCCCUUCUCCUUCAUGUGGGCAGAGCAGUCAGAUAGUUAACCCUUCAGACUCACAGACUGAAACAUUAAGUGCCAUGGAUGUAUCGGACUUCCUGUCCCUCCAAAGCCCUGAAACCCCAUCUAAUAUAAUUCCAAUUGAAGCACUACUGCAGGGUGAGGAAGAAAUUGGUUUGAAUAGCAGCUUCUCUAAGUGAAGA